AUGACCGACAUUGGUGACCUCCAUUUCUUCCUCGGCAUCGACGUCCACCGUUCUGCAGAUGGCCUAUUUCUCUCCCAGAGAUACUACAUCGUCGACCUUCUCCAGUGCGCAGGCAUGGCUGAGUGUCAUUCGACGAUGACACCUGUUGACAUGAAAGCCAAGCUCUCCGCUUCUGAAGGUGAGCCCAUUGCCAAUUCGACUGAGUACCGCAGUCUUUUCAGUGCCAUGCAGUACCUCACCUUGACUUGUCCAAAUCUUGCUUACGCCGUUCAGCAAGUCUAUCUCUACAUGCAUGAUUCGCGCGAACCUCACUUAUACAUGAUCAAGCGCAUCCUCUGA